AUGUCUACUGUUGAGAAUCUUCUUUCCAUUUAUUUUGACCAUUUGUUUAUUUUCUGUGGUGAUUUCAAUCUUCCAAAUGUUUCUUGGUCCUAUGACAACCAUGAUCUGAUUUAUUCUUCUACCUCUGACUCUCAUAUCAAUUGUCUUCCGGAAACUUUUGCAGCUGAUAACUUCUUUCAGAUCAAUUAUAUUUUUAAUAAAUCUGGGCCAUUAUUAGAUCUUAUCAUCGUAAAUCUUAAUCAAUAUAUGGUAAAAUCUGCAUUUAUUUCAGCGGUACCAGAAGACAGCUAUCACCCUGCGUUAUCUAUAGACUUUAUUCUAGUCACCAAUAUACCACAAAUUGACUCUCCUCAUUGCUACUUCAACUUCCGUAAGGUCAAUUAUUCUCUUAUAAAUACAUUUUUGCUGUUUUUCAAUUGGUUAGUAACAUUUUCUAAUUUAGAUGCUACUUCUGCUUCAUAUACACUUUUUAAUGCGCUGCAUUUAUCCAUUCUGCAACAUGAUCCUAACGUUAAAUAUUCCAGGUCUAAUUUUCUUUAUUGGUUUUAUAAAGAACUAAUUGAUCUAGUAUUCCAAAAAAGAAAAGCUCACGCAAUCUUUGAAUUCACAAACAACCCAAACGAUUAUCAAAACUUCAGUUUUCUUCGUGCUAAAGAUAAAUAUUUGACUAAGCAACGUCAGUCUAUUCCAAUGACAGUCUUUUUCAAUGGUCUAACUAGUAAAAAUAAUAAUGAAGUAGUGGACUUUAUCUCUAAACAUUUUAAUGCUGUAUAUUCUAUGUCAUUUGUCAACUAUAUACCUAAAUUAACUCGAUCUCUAAUUCAUGAUCUUCCGAGCAACUGUUUCUUUGACAUAUCAGAUAUUGAAAGCAAUUUAUCACGCCUGAAAAGAAAUAAUUCUAUUGGUCAAGAUCGUAUUUCAGCUAACUAUAAACCAAUAAUUAUCAUCAGUCACAUAGGUAAACUGUUUGAAUCUUUAGUCUUAAGCUGUAUCCGACCUGCAGUAAAUCAAAUCAUAGUGAGUGAGCAACAUGGAUUUCGCCUUAAACGGUCAGUUAACACAUGUAAUCUUGUAUUCACUGAUUAUGCGUUUGACGCUUUUGCAAAUAAGAAUGAAGUUGAUGUCAUUUACACUGACUUCAGUAAACCUUCUGUUCUUAUAAAAAUCCUUGCCAGUAGUGUUUUUGGGGAGCCUUUGUUAUCAUGGUUUAGCUCUCAUCUAUCCGAUCGUAAACAAUUCGUGAAAAUAUUUGGUAUUAAAUCACAGGUAUUAAACACGCCGUCUGAAGUACCUCAAGGUGGCUAUCUUUCCCCAUUGCUCUUUACAUUGUUUAUUAAUGAUAUAAAAAAAGUUAUACACCGCAGUAAAUUCUUACUAUUUGCAGAUGACUUAAAGCUAUUUCUAGAAAUUCGCUUUAACUCUCCAACUUGCAACCUUUCAAGAAAUUCUGCGAUGGCCAAAGUACUGCAGCAGAGUAAAUUAAUAUUUUGGUAUAAGUACUCAAUGGCACAUAAAAUAUUUUUGGAAGCAUUAGAUUGA